CUAGUGUUGUUUACUUUUGUUUACCGUGACUGUGGGUGUUUGCUGUCCGCGGCUUGACCCAUCUCCUGACUGGCUGUGUUGCUUGAAUUACUCGGCAUUGUGACGCUAAAGUGUAGAUAACUAUUGUAUUAUCUCCCCUCUACCCUCCCCCCGCCACACUCAUACACAUCCAUACACACACACACACACACACACACACACACACACACACACACACACACACACACACACACACACACACACACACACACGCAAAGCCGUUUAGACUCGCCACAGUCACACACCGUCCUGAUUCUUCCCCGGCACCGCACACAGGCAAUCAUUUGGUGCCACCUGACACCAUCUGACCCUUCAUUACCUGACACCAUCUGACCCUUCAUUACCUGACACCAUCUGACCCUUCAUUACCUGACACCAUCUACGGCAAAUCAUCAUCUUCAACCACCAGCUGACACCAGCUAUGAAUCCGUUGCAGCUAUUUCUACUGACUCUGGUGGUGGCGGGGAGCGGCGGGGCGGGGCAGGACGGGGCCACCUGCUCCCCCACCUGCACCGAGCAUCGCCCCAAACACAGAGUGAUUGACCCCAUUGACUGCCACCGCUACUACACCUGUAACGUGGACGGCCGUCCCAGCGACCGCUCUGUGCCCUGCGGAACUGGCGAGAGGUUUGACCAGUUGACUGAAGAGUGUGUCCCUGACGAUAGUUGCAUCCCCUCCUGCGACGCCGCAGCCGCAGCCUGCCACUAUACCUGCGACGCCGCAGGGGACCUCCUCACCGACCCCUUCGACUGCAACACGUACUACUACUGCCACAAUGAUGACAAAUUAGGGCCGUUCAUAUGUCCCGAAGAGAGACCUUUCUUCAACGGCAGGUUCUGCGUGGAAGACGCAGCCUCCUGCUGCAGAGACUCCUGCGUCGCCUACUGCUUCAAUAACAGCAUCCAGAUCCCCGAUCCGCUGGACUGUGGCAUGUACUACAUGUGCCUGGAAGAAGGCCUUCCCUGGGAAGAAUACCAUUUCCAGUGUGGUCCUGGAAAGGUGCUGGACGCGAGUGAGGGCAAGUGCCGCCCCGGAGACCAGUGUCAGCCACUGUGUGGGCAACAACGCGCUCUACAAAUGGCCGCAAUAGAAGAGGAGCUCAAUAAAAUUGGCGAAAGAGCUCUCGCCAACGGCCUCUCGGAGGACACUGAGGCUAGAGCUGUGAGAGAGGAAGAGCAGAGGUACAAGGCCUCUGGCUCGACCUGAGAGGACAACACAUACGCCUUAAUGUCCUCAUUCUAUACUAUAAUGCUCUCCAUUGUUAUGUUGAAGACUUAAGGUAGUUUCCAUGAGGUGAUCACCAGUGCUAACGACACCAGUACAUGAAAGUCACACUUGUCAGGUGGAUAAUGACCCAAAAUAUUUACUCUCACCUGUAAAUAGACAUAAAUGUAUGUGUAUGUGAGAGUAAGAAUUAGUGAUUAUAAAAACAACAUCUUUCAUAUUCUACUACACCUCCUUGUUUGUAACUAUUCGUAAACAAGUAAAGACGAUGUUUAUGAUAUAUUUCUGGUACACCGCUGGACACAGGUAUACACCAGGUAUACACCAGCGGGGUACCAAGAACACGGGCAGGUAUCCAAUAGUAGUUUACCCAAUAUUGGGUAAAGUCGUGUUGGGCGACACGACAUAUUAUACAAAUUAUUUGACGAUAUUUCUGUAGAAUAAAGAUACAUAUUUACUAUACAUAAUAUUCUGUGUAAUAAGCGCUACACAUUUCUCGUGUACUGUUGAAAGUUUAAGGUACUUUUAGCUCACUAUUUUAAGCAUAUUAGACGAAACUUGCAAUACUCUCCGAGGAAAAAUUAAACUUGCAAUCGUGAAAUUGAAUGGUGGAGUGUGGAGGAGAUGCUCAACACCUCAGGAUAUUAAAGAUGACACCAACAAGAAGAAUGGAACUUGGAGUGUCAGUAUGAAAUAUUUAUACACACACACACACACACACACACACACACACACACACACACACACACACACACACACACACAUAUUGCAUUGGUCAACUAGCGUAUGGAGAACAGAGUCCAAGAACUGAAGCUUUAUUUUGUAGGCACAAAUAGGCGGGUAUAGUGACAUAAGUAGUAUACUAGUAUACAUAUAUGUAUAUUGUAUUGCUGGAGGUAGCGGAGGAGGAUUUGGUGAGAAGAUGUUGGAGUGGGAGGCAGAGGAGGUGGGGGAGGGAGAAGGGGUGGUGGUAGAGAAAAGAACACAGAGUUACCACAGAAAAAAGAGUAAGCUGACAUUAAGAAUAUAUACCACAAGUUACAAGCCCCUUUGGGGGUGUGUGUGGAGGCUAAUGCCAUCCACAUGGCUCGAGAAUACAUAUCAACAAUAGCUAAAACACAGAGUCCAAGAGCUAACAAAAACAAAUCCACAAGGGCCGUGACGAGGAUUCGAAUCCUGCGUCCGGGAGCAUCCUAGACACUGCCUUAAUCAUUUGAUGCAUCACGUUAGUGUGGUUUCUGUGUGUAGUGUCCCAAGAGCUAAACCUCACUUCUAUACAAAGACAAGUACAUGUACACAAUAGCGCUUAAACAGUAGCCAGUGAGAAAAUAAAGCAACAUGGGGGGGGGACAAAGGUGGGUGGACCCUGAGACCUCACGUGGCCCCCUAGCUGACAGGCGUCCCUCAGGGCUCGACGGACCUUAUAUACGAGGGACCACAAGGGGCCCUCCGGCCUCCCGGGCCUCCGGGGCCACCAGAAGACAGCGGGCGGUGAGGGAACUGGACAACUGUUCAAGCCAGGGAGAAAGUGAAGAAAGGAGAGAAAAUGGGAGAAAGUGAAGGAAGGAGAGAAAAUG